AUGUUAGAUCCACGUUGGGAAAAUGAUGAAGGCACUCCAAUCGUUUACAUUUUUGGAACUUCUGCCCACGAAGGACAACAGCAUGCUCGAGCGGGAUUUGGAAUAGAUUGGGGACCAAAAAUGGCAUUCAGUAAAGGUGGAACUGCAAUUGGAGACAAAACAGAAUUGAGAGCAGAACUAACAGCAGUGUUGACAGUACUCGAAACGCCAAUCAUUAUAGAAAAAGCAGAUGAAAGCCAAAUACCGAUAUUCAAAAACGCGGCUAUUUGCUCGAGACGAGUUGCCGGAAUGCAUUCUACUUCUGUCGAACCUCUAUUUGAUGAACACCACAAUGACGGUUAUCGAAUCGUUGACAUCUAUGGAUCCUGCAAUGAUGGUCAAUCGAAUGCGUUAGCGGGAUAUGGUGUUUACUGGGGAGAUGGAGAUGUUAGAAACGAGUGUGGAGGCGUUGUUGGUCUUCAAUCUUCAUAUCGAGCAAUUUUCACUGCUUUGUAUCGAGCGCUGAAAACGGCUCUUUCUGCAAGUUACGAUGAAAUAAUCAUCCGAAGUUGUUCGACAGACGUUGACCGCUGUAUUAAAGAUUGUCGUGUUCCUAUGACGAAAAAUAAAGACAUCAUAAGCGAAGUUAAAACGGCUUUGACAUGUUUUAAAAACGUCUUUCACGUGCGUCUCCCAAGAAACAAUUCAAUAAAAGGCCAUCAAGAAGCUGAAGCAUUAGCGAACUGUCGGUCUGGAAAUCGUAGUGCACACAUAAGUAUUUUUGGAGCCGAAACAUCAAACGAUGGAAUCGCACGAUAUGGCAUUUUUUGGAAACAUGGCGAUCAACGAAAUGGAAGAGGCUGGAUAGAUGGAAAACACGGACAAUUAUGUGCAGAAUUGACUGCUCUGGAGAUUGGUAUUAAGUUUGGAUUGAAAGAGAACUACCAUCAUUUAACAAUAUACACUCACUCUGAACAUUUUAAAGAAUUUCUUAAAAACUGGCGAAACUGGAAAGAAAACGAUUGGUUCCCAGCCACAGGGCGAUCUAUAGAGUGUAAGAAGACUUGCAAUAACCUCAACCUUGCCCUGGAUAAAAUUACCAUACAUGUUGGAGAAGGACCUAGAAGUUGUGUGGAAGAAGCAAGAAAGCUUGCCUUAUCUAUUCCUGGGUUCAUUACUGUUCGUACGUUCGGCUCGAUUCAAACAGGAAACAACGAAUCAGUUGCAAGAUAUGCAGUCAUUUGGACUGCUGAUCCUUCAAAAGAUGAAUACGGUUUUGUUGAUGGAACACUCUGCCCGAUCAAAGCAAAACAGACUGGAAUCAUAAGAGCGUUAGAGCUCGCAAUUCUUCACAAUAUAUCGAAACUAAUGAUCGAAACGGACUUGAUUGAGGCUGAAGGAGUGGAUCAGAAAUUCAAAAAGAAAUUAAAGGUUUUGGAGUCCCAGUUAGAGAAGGUGCACUACAAAACACAUGCAUCAGAUGAAUUCACUCGCUUACUAGAAACCAUGUAA